AUGGAAACCAACUUGUCCAUUUCUCUCAAUGGAUCUCAUGAGAUCUUCAUGGAGUCCACUGUGGACACUGCUCUGCAAAUCACCUCACUGGUGGCUCAAGGGAUCACCUUUGUGCUCGGCAUCCUAGGCAACGGGCUGGUGAUCUGGGUGGCUGGAUUCCGGAUGGCACGCACAGUCACCACCUUGUGUUACCUGAACCUCGCCUUAGCUGACUUCUCUUUCAUUGCCACUCUACCGUUCCUCAUGGUCUCAACAGUCAUGAAGGAACAAUGGCCUUUUGGCUGGUUCCUAUGCAAGUUAAUUUACAUCGUUGUGGACAUUAACCUGUUUGGAAGUGUCUUCCUCAUCGCUUUCAUUGCUCUGGACCGCUGUGUUUGUGUCCUGCACCCAGUCUGGGCCCAGAACCACCGCACUGUAAGUUUGGCGAAAAAAGUGAUCAUCAUACCCUGGAUUCUUGCACUUCUUCUUACAUCGCAAAUUUUCCUGUUCAUGACCAUAGUGAGGGAUCCAAUAGGGAAUACAUACUGUAAUUUCAACUUUGCCUCGUGGGGUAACACCACUGAGGAGAGGUUGAAGGUCGCCAUCACCGUGCUAACAACCAGAGGUAUCAUCCGGUUUCUCAUUGGCUUCACUAUGCCAAUGUCCAUUGUCGCCAUCUGCUAUGGGCUCAUUGCUGCCAAAAUCCGCAAAAAAGCAAUGAUCAAUUCCAGUCGUUCCUUACGGGUCCUCACUGCUGUUGUGGCCUCCUUCUUUGUGUGUUGGUUUCCCUUUCAACUGAUUGCUCUUCUGAGCACAGUUUGGCUCCGAGAGAUGCUUUUGGAGGGAAAGUACAAAAUCAUUAAUACGCUGGUAUACCCAACGGAGUCACUAGCCUUCUUCAACAGCAGCCUCAACCCAAUGCUCUAUGUGUUCAUGGGCCAGGACUUCCGAAAGAGACUGAUCUCCUCGUUGCCCUCCAGUCUGGAGAGGGCCCUGACCGAGGACCCAGUCCCAACCACUGACACCACAACAAAAUCGGCUUCACCUCCUGUAGAGGCUGAGUUACAGGCAAUGUAAGGGAAGUUGGGGGUGCAUUUUUCGCUCUGCCUGCUCCUAUCCUGUGCAUGGUUCCACCUUUAUGUUACUUUGGGUCAUACUGAGCCACUCAUCAUGAAAACUACCUUGGUGACCUCAGAAUGGUGUGAAUAAAUGGACAUAAGGGUUUUCUAUUUCUGUUAUUUUUGUCUUUGCCACCACAGCAUGCACCCUGGGGUGAGUGGAGGUGGCAAGAGUGCAAGUGGAGAGAAGAGAAAAAGUGAUGGGAAAUCUGUAAAUCUCAGAUAAGAGUACAUUAGAAUAAUAACUGGUAUUUCACCAUGAAGUAAGAUGUUUGGCAUAGAUUGUUCUUUGCUUUUUAAAAAU